ACUUCCUUCCUUCGUGGUUCCGGUUCGGCCGAGGCACCUGGCUCGGAGUCUCGGACCGAGUUACGGUAGAACCGAGAGCGUGGGCAUAGUAUGCAGAUAAUCGUCUCGCGUGCUCCUCUGUGAUGGAUGACACAUUCCUCGAGAGCGCAAGUAGGACUGCAGAAGUGCGCCAUGUCUACCGUGACAGCGAGGACGCCAUUGCCUUUGAGGAGCUCGCCGUCGCAGGCGGUGAGCUCCUCGAGGGAGAGAGAAAUUAGAAGCCACAAUCUUGGACUUGUUCUAGAAGACCGAUGGGGCCGUGCACGAACUGGGGCGCGUUGGUAUGUGUAUGCUCGUGAACAACAGUCUGGCACUCUUAUGGCUUCUGUGACGGUGGACGUGGGUCCCUUAUAUUCGGAGUUUUUUUCCAUUUGAUAGUGUGCGAUGGUGGUGGAGGUCCAGUCUGUUCGUGCCUAUCCUUGUCGGCCACGCUCGUCUUUCAUGUCCAUUUCCUUGCUUUGGUUCGGCUGGAGUAUUUUUCUUUCCCUCUUUUGGCUCCCUCAUCUGCGGCCCUGGAUCAUUCCUCAUUGAGUUUCAGCAGAGUGAGAUCCGCCAUGUUAUCAUGGGGACCUUUCACGCUAUGUUGAAGCAGGCAUUUUGGGGUUUUCCAUUUUUAUUGAAGCAUCUUCUUAAUGACAAUGUGAAGGGAUUUUGAACAUGGGCUCCUUUAUUUUGAGAUAUGUAUCAUAGUGAUAAAAUUAAGCUUUUC